UUUGAAUAUUAUUCAGAGCAGCCAAACAAAGCAAUAGAAAUCAGCUAAAUAUUUAUCGACUUCAUCUUCAACUUCAAGCAAAAUCGACUUUUAUUUUGCUGUUCAAUUCAGGGAAUUUAUUCUGCAAUCACAGUAAUUUCCUUAUCUGCAGCCUCACCGCCGAAGCAUAAUAAAGCAUAUACCACUGCGACACACUGUAAUUGAGAGAAAAAGCAGAGAUAUUUCUUUUUUUUUUUAAUUAAUUUAUUGAAGAAAUUGAUUCAGAGCAGGUGUGGAGCAUAUAUGGGGGAUGGGAGGGCGGGCAAUUCGAGCAGUAAGCCGGAGUGGCUCGAGCAAUACGAUGUGAUUGGGAAAAUCGGAGAGGGAACAUACGGUUUGGUUUUCUUGGCGAAGAUUAAGGCGAACCGCUCUAAAUCAAUAGCCAUCAAGAAAUUCAAGCAGUCCAAAGAUGGCGACGGCGUUUCCCCCACCGCGAUUCGUGAAAUUAUGUUGCUUCGGGAGAUUUCCCAUGAGAAUGUGGUAAAGCUUGUGAACGUGCACAUCAAUCACGCAGACAUGUCGCUUUAUUUAGCUUUUGACUAUGCCGAGCACGAUCUUUAUGAAAUCAUCAGACAUCACAGGGACAAGGUCAACCAAGCGAUCAACCCGUACACCGUUAAGUCGAUAUUGUGGCAGCUUCUCAAUGGUCUUAAUUAUCUUCACAGUAAUUGGAUCGUCCACCGAGAUCUAAAGCCGUCAAAUAUCUUGGUAAUGGGUGAUGGGGAAGAACACGGAGUGGUAAAAAUUGCUGAUUUUGGCCUCGCUAGAAUUUACCAAGCUCCCUUAAAACCACUGCAUGAAAACGGGGUUGUGGUAACUAUUUGGUACCGUGCGCCUGAGUUACUCCUUGGGGCAAAACAUUAUACGAGUGCCGUAGACAUGUGGGCUGUGGGUUGCAUAUUUGCUGAGCUUCUCACUCUAAAGCCACUAUUUCAAGGGCAAGAAGUAAAAGGGACACCUAACCCGUUUCAGCUUGAUCAACUGGACAAAAUAUUUAAGGUUCUAGGUCAUCCCACACCGGAAAAGUGGCCAAUGCUCGUGCAUCUUCCACAUUGGCAGACUGAUUUGCAACAUAUUCAAGGGCACACAUACAAUAAUGCUGGACUUUACAAUGUAAUUCACCUCUCUCCCAAAAAUGCAGCUUAUGACCUCCUCUCGAAGAUGCUCGAGUAUGAUCCGAAAAAAAGAUUAACAGCCGCCGAAGCUCUUGACCAUGAGUAUUUUCGCCAUGAACCUUUGGCGGGUUGCAAUUCACUUGUACCGCCACAACCAGGAGAUAAAGUUGUGAACUACCCAACUCGGCCAGUGGACACAGCCACUGAUAUUGAAGGAACAAUUAGUCUCCAACCCUCUCAACCGAUAUCAUCUGGAAAUAAUAUGCCGGGGGGAAUGGCGGGCCAACAUGUAAUGCAAAAUAGGUCGAUGCCUCGGCCGAUGGCUAUGGUUGGCAUGCAAAGGACUCAACCGCCGCCUGGCAUUCCGGCUUAUAAUCUUGCUUCUCAGGCGGCAAUGGGCGGUGGAGUAAAUCCAGGCGGCGUGCCGAUGCAGCGAGGUGUUGCUCCUCAGCCUCAACAACAGCAGCAGGUUUUCUGGGAGAAGAAAAGACCCUGGAAUGGGGAUGACUGGUUAUCCACCACAACAGAGAUCGAGGCGCUUCUGAGGUAGAUUCAGCCAGAUUUCCAGGUUAUGCGGAAGACAAAUGGCGGGAUAAUUUAGGAAGACAAAGAUUUAAUUCGAAAGUUAGGUUUCUGAAAGAAACGUGUUAUCUUAUCAGCUCUACAGAAGCUGGAAUAAUCCGAUCAUAUUCUUCGUAUUAGAAUACGAUAUAUUAUUCAUAACUGAAGUUUCCAAUUCUCCUUGAUCUGCUGGUGCAAAAUGAUGUCGAAAUUGCUCCCUUGUUGUAUAGUUACAUUAUGACUUAUGAGGCCUUGUUUGGCUGGCAAGAUUAAUCAUAAAAACGAGUUCUAUUCGAUACCUAGUUAAAAUAUUAACCUUUUGCAUUCGGCUCAUGAUAAA